CAAGAACAAGUGGACGCGCUAAAUGGGUUGGGAGUCACGUUUCCUGGUCGCACGUUGAUGACGCAGUUUAACUUCGACUACAUUCCUUUCACUAAGCUCUUCUCGCGCUUCACCUGUUUAGACUUUUUUCAGUACAAGAACAAGCAAAAGAACAGAAGGUGAGACGAAGCCGAGCACGGGCGUUGAGUGCGGAGCGAAUGAUUUGGAUGAGAGGCAGUGUGGCAUGCUGAGGGGUUUCGGAUAUUUAAGCGGCUCAAGACAUCGUGGGGAUAAAAUGCUCAUCCAGUGAGGUUUCUCUUGACUUCCAGGCCAUACCUGUCCACAUGCGGAGGGGAUUUUAGAAGAGAAGAACAGACAAUUGGGAGAGAGAGAGAGAAGAGUUUAACACAGAGCAUGGCCCUGGCCAAAGACAAUGGCACUGCUGAAAGACUGGCCCACGUUAAACAAGAGGACUGUGAGCAGUGUGCCCCAGAUGAUUUGUGUGUGAAGGAGGAGGAGUAUGAAGGAAGAAUUUCAGAUUUUCAACUCGGGGAGACCACGGAGGUUAAAGUUGAGGAUUCAAAGGAUUUCUCAGUUAGCCUUAGAGUGCAAACGCAUGAAGCUGUGAAUAUUUUUAAGAAGGAUGUCGAUGAAGAAUCUCACUCCAGUUUACAGCUGCCAUUCACUAAUAUGGAACAACUGGCUUCCCAGCAGAAUUCUCUGGAAUUGAAAUCUGAGUUAGUCAAGUUUGAAGAGAAAAUCAGUGAUAAUGAUGAUGAAGAAGAGCAGCCAGUUAGUGAUAUUGGAAAAAAUUUUCAAGAGAAUAGUAGCUUCUCACCUUCUUCAUUUGCUCAGCCUAUUCUUCAGUACAGAUUGCAGCAAAACCAGGACAAAGAGAAGAAGAAGAAAUCAGAAAGAAGAUCGGAUGAUUUGACAGCAGGCUAUUUGCAGGAUAGUUCUCUUCCUGUUAUCAAAAUAACACAGGUGGGAGUCAUCCACCCUGAUCAAGAAGGGCAUAAGCAAACCAGAAUUCACAGUACCAAGAAGUCUCACUGUUGUUCGGAAUGUGGUAAACAAUACGUACGCAUAAGCAUGCUUCAGAGGCACUUAAGAACACACACUGGAGAAAAGCCUUUUUGUUGCUCUGAAUGUGGUAAAAGAUUCACUCUCAAAAGUACUCUUCAGACACACUCAAGAAUUCAUACUGGAGAGAGACCAUAUUGUUGUUCUGAAUGUGGAAAGAAAUUCACUAGCCAUUGCACUCUCAGGAAGCACAUGAAAGUUCACACUGGUGAGAAGCCAUAUUGUUGUUCUGAAUGUGGUAAACGAUUCUCUCUCAAAGGUACCCUUACGAUACACUCAAGAAUUCAUACUGGAGAGAGACCAUAUUGCUGUUCUGAAUGUGGAAAGAAAUUCACUAGCAAUAGCACUCUCAGGAAGCACAUGAAAGUUCACACUGGGGAGAAGCCAUAUUGUUGUUCUGAAUGUGGUAAACGAUUCUUACACGCGAGCAGUUUUAAAAGUCAUGCAAUACUUCAUACUGGAGAGAAACGCCAUUGCUGUUCUGAAUGUGGUAAACUGUUCACAUGGAAGUGCGGUCUUCUGAACCAUAGAAGAAUCCACACUGGAGAAAAACCGUAUUGCUGUUCUCAAUGUGGCAAACGAUUCUCUGACAGUAGCGGUUUUCGAAAGCACACACAGAUUCAUACUGGAGAAAAGCCAUUUGGCUGUUUUGAAAGUGGUAAACAAUUCUCACAUAAUUCCUGUCUUCACAAACACACAAGAAUCCACACUAGAGAGAAGUCAUUUUGCUGUUCUGAAUGUGGGAAACGAUUCAGUUACAGGAGCCAUCUUCAGAUUCACACAAGAAUGCACACUGGGGAAAAACCUUAUUGCUGUUCUUAUUGUGGAAAACGAUUCUCUUACAGUGGAUCUUUUCAUCGGCACAAACAAAUUCAUACUGGAGAGAUCCACAUUGGAGAGAAAAAAUAUUGCUGCUCUGAAUGUGGUAAAACAUAUUCAGUACUAAGUCAUUUUCAGAAGCACACAACAACACAUACAAGAAUCCGUACCGGCGAGAAGUCAUUUUGCUGUUCUGAAUGUGGGAAACAAUUCAGUAACAGGAGCAAUCUUCAGAGUCACACAAGAAUCCACACUGGGGAAAAACCUUAUUGCUGUUCUCAAUGUGACAAACGAUUCUCUGACAGUGGAUCUUUUCGUCGGCACAAACAAAUUCAUACCGGGGAGAAGCCAUUUGGCUGUUCUGAAUGUGGUAAACAAUUCAGUAACAGGAGCCACCUUCAGAGUCACACAAAAAUCCACACUGGGGAAAAACCUUAUUGCUGUUCUCAAUGUGGCAAACGAUUCUCUGACAGUGGAUCUUUUCGUCGGCACAAACAAAUUCAUACUGGAGAGAAGCCAUUUGGCUGUUCUGAAUGUGGGAAACGAUUCAGUAACAGGAGCCAUCUUCAGAGUCACACAAAAAUCCACACUGGUGAAAAACCUUAUUGCUGUUCUCAAUGUGGCAAACGAUUCUCUGAAAGUGGAUCUUUUCAUCGGCACAAAAAAAUUCAUACUGGAGAGAAGCCAUUUGGCUGUUCUGAAUGUGGGAAACGAUUCAGUAACAGGAGCAAUCUUCAGAGUCACACAAGAAUCCACACUGGGGAAAAACCUUAUUGUUGUUCUCAAUGUGACAAACGAUUCUCUGACAGUGGAUCUUUUCGUCGGCACAAACAAAUUCAUACUGGAGAGAAGCCAUUUGGCUGUUCUGAAUGUGGUAAACAAUUCAGUAACAGGAGCCAUCUUCAGAGUCACACAAAAAUCCACACUGGGGAAAAACCUUAUUGCUGUUCUCAAUGUGGCAAACGAUUCUCUGACAGUGGAUCUGUUCGUCGGCACAAACAAAUUCAUACUGGAGAGAAGCCAUUUGGCUGUUCUGAAUGUGGUAAACAAUUCUCACGUAAAUCCUAUCUUCUCAUCCACUCGGGUAUCCACACUGGGGAGAAAAAACAUUGCUGUCCUGAAUGCGGUAAACGAUUCUUACGAUUAUGCAGUCUUGAAAUACACCAAAGAAUUCAUACUGGGGAGAAGCCAUAUUGCUGUUCUGAAUGUGGUAAAAGAUACACCAGCAGUAGAAGCUUGCGUAAACAUACAAAAAUGCACACUGGAGGGAAAACCUUAUUAUAAAUAUCCAUCCAUCCAUUUUCCAACCCGCUGAAUCCGAACACAGGGUCACGGGAGACUGCUGGAGCCAAUCCCAGCCAACACAGGGCACAAGGCAGGAACCAAUCCCGGGCAGGGUGCAUUAUAAAUAUGAUUUAGGGAUCUAAUUUUUAUGUGUGCUUCGUAGACUCAAAAAUAUCCUCAUUGGACAGAAAUUUAGCCUUGAGUACUAUGUUAGUGGGAGAAGAUGGAGGAAGGAGUUAAAACGUCACCUGCCUAACUACUCAAGUCUUGAUUUUGUGCCUUUAUGUGGUAGGCUUCACUGUAUGAAAUGAAAACCAAAUCAUGUCAGCGCAAAACUGCUUCCUUAAUAAUUUAUUUUCAAAAAUAGUAAUGUCUAUUGCCUGUACAUCUCCAGGUAUAAAAAGGGUAGGUGAUGGUAGUAGCAAUAGUGCAAUAUCAACAAAUAAGGAUAAGAAGCCCCCUACUGUGUUAUCAGUCCAGAUGAAUAAUGUUGCUGGUUCCUCCAUAAUAGACCUGAUAAAGCCACACAAAUGUACCCUGUGCAAGAAAUUAAGGAGACUAGACCCAGUCCAGUUGUCAAUUGAAGGAAAAGAGGAGGUCAUGUAAUGCUUCUUUUCUGCAGCACACCCUGCAUUUUCAAGCAAAGGGAGAUGCCAUGAAUGGUUGCUUGUAAUUGGAAUUCAGAAAUGUAAUCUCAUGUUCCUAAUCAAGAAAAGAAAGCAUAUAGGUCAGCAGAAAUUAGAAUAUCUCUAAAGAAUAGCAAAAAGGAAGACGUGAAAAAAGUUGAAGAUAUGGCAGGUGCUAAACAGAAAUGGAGAAGGCCUGGGGUGAUGAGAUCAUGAGGGACAUCAUGUGGUGUAGCACUUACACCGUCUUGAAAGCAUCACUUGGAAAAUUGGAUAAAAAGAGAAAACAGGCCUAUCUGAAAAUAAAUUUAGGAGUAGACACUCAAAUAUGAUUGGACACACCUGAAAAAUAUCGAUUCUCAAAUAGUGAGACACUAACGAUAAAGGAGGAGGACCUGGAGGAACUGAAAAUGGAAGUAUGGCAAUCUGCAAAUGACUGUGAAAGUCAAACUCCACGAAUCACAAAUGAAUUCCACCCUGAUGAUCGACAGAAAGCAAUCAAUAAAGUAAAAUGCCAAAGAAAAUUUCCAAUACUUCAGAAAGAGCAAACCCACAAGAGUGAAAAGACUCAUCAAGAGUAGAUGUGACACCAUCAAUUGCGGUCAAAGAAGUUCAAAUAGCGACGGAGGAUCUCCUCGACCUAAUCGAGGCUGUCAAGUACACAGAAGUCCACGAAAGAGAGAAAUUACCGAGAAUAAUAUCGAAAGAAAUGUAAGUGAGGUAAACCUGGCCGUGUGGGAAUAGAGCAGGUGAUGUUUGAGUGUCCACAAUGAGAAGGUCUGGACUUGAGGCAGUUGAUGUUUGACUCUUCUUCACUUGUGUUUAAGAAAGCCACUUGCAUUAGCUAAAAAUUCAAACAUUAAGAGCAAAGACGAUUGACAACUUGUGACUUGAUUGAAUAGCCUGGCUUGCUUAUCUUGGUCCUGUCUGUAAAUUUCAAAUAGACCUUGUUUAGUCUGCAGAUGACAUUCUGAUCAGUCAUUAGGAUGGUCUGUGAUUCAUUUUUCAUAGCAGUCACUCUAUUAAACCUCUACAUCAUAAUUGGCGAUAAAACUCGUCUCCUCUUCAGUAAGAGCACACUGAAAAAUAAGAGAAAGGAAGAAUCAAAAAAAAUGAAACUCCUCCUUGGAGGAAGUGAAUGGUUCAAAAUAUGAAGACCUUGCGCCAUGAAUUGAAGCCUCCAUGGACUGAGUGAUCUCAUGGAAAGGUCUGGCAGAAAUACAACAGUUGAAGUAGCAGCUUUAGAUGUUAACAUGUCAGGGCCUCACCUUCACAAUGGCAACAAAUCAACUCUUAGAGUUUUACCAGAACUCAGAAAAAUUUUAAGAAGGAACAAACCAAAAAACAAAGAGAAGAUACGGAACAGACUAUCGAUGGGUAACCCAAAUAAACAAAGAUUCAGAAAAUUUUAAGUGGUGACGAUAUCCUGAGAGUAACGUGACCUCCAGACAAUAAAAAAAAAAAAAUGAGGAAUUUUGGAGGAACAUUUAUGAAGAUGAUGAAGAAUACAAUAAAACAAGCAGCACUCAUAAGCAAACUACAAACAGAAAAAGAAAUCAUCCAAGUACAAGAAACGCCAUGGAGUGAAGAAACAAACUGCUGAUAACUCGUCGUCCACAUGCUGCACCACCACACAUCUGGGUCAAGAAGCCAACAAUCCUGUUUUACGGUCCAACGUGUUCUUGUUUAAAGUGCUUAACUUUUUACAAUAGUGUUCAUUGCAUUCCAUUUUUUUUUAUGUUUUUCUCUUAUUAUUUUUUUAAUUAUGUAGUCUCAUUUUUAUUUUUUGUUGUUAUUAUUUAGUUUCUAUGCAUGUCAUCCUGUUCUCUGAUGUUUCAUGUAUUUUGUGAGUGGAUCCCCCAAAUGUGGGGCCACCUGUCCAUAUAUAGCUUUAAAACUAAUGUGUGUGUGUAUGUACUAUACUAUAUAUAUAUAUGUGCUAUGUAUAUUAAUAUAUAUACACACAUAAUUUUGACUCACCCUGUGUGUGUACAGUAUGUUUGUUGUGAAAGGCGCUAUAUAGCACCCGACCCGGCACAGACUGAGGCAGAGGCACGUACUUAAAUAAAACACUCUUUUAUUUUUCUUCAGCCGUGGGACACGCCUUCCCCAUGUCCCACAGGCCCAACACAGUCCCAAAAACACUCACAAUAACCACAACAAUCCUUCU